GUGUUUACGGCAGUCUUUGAAUCUACCAGCGACGUCAUCUUGUCAGUGGGAUUUUAGCAGCUGUCACGUUUUCGUUGAGGCUCCGUGGGAACGACACUUACUUAUUUGCAUACAAUUUUCACAAGGGCAACUUCGAGUAGGUCAACUGCUGCUCAUGAGAUUUGAUCACCAUGGCCCGCGGACAUCAGAAGAUCCAGUCACAGCAGAAGAAUGCCAAGAAGCAGGCCGAGAUGAAGAAGGCUAAAGGGCACGAUCAGAAGACGGCGGCCAAGGCAGCCCUCGUCUUCACCUGUGCCGUGUGCCGGUCUCAGAUGCCUGACCCCAAAACCUUCAAGCAGCACUUUGAGAGCAAGCAUCCCAAAUCCCCUCUGCCCCCUGAAUUGGAAGGUGUGGAGGCAUAAAAAACAACAACCACCACCACCAACAACACAAAAACACAUCUCUGCCAUUCUUUGCCCUGCCCAAUCACUUGGACGAUGACUUCCGUGAGGCCCUUCUCAUACCAGCUCUGCACUCUCGGUCCUUUUUUUAUUUUUCAUCAUUAAGAGUGAUGUCGCCAAAUGGGAAGUUACAGUCAACGAACCUGAAGGUUUGAUUUCCUGCUCCCGCCCGGCAAAUGAAGACUUCCUAAUGUGUCGUGCGCGUGGAAUGAUUGUCAUGCUGAGCCAUCAUUAGAAAUUUUGUGACGAUUAACCCCCCCCCAUCCCCCCACAGCUACUCUUGCUCCAGGGUUGGACCUCGUCUCUGGGGACUUGCACAUGAUUUAGUUCUAAUCACGAACGACAAUUGCUGUUGCUAUUAUGAAUUCACUCUUGUCGAAAGAGGGGUCUUCAUUCCCGUCAUUGUUUAACACUGUAUUCGUUUCACUUGGCUAAUGCUAAUUGUCAAUGUUGGCUCGUCACUAACCGGCCAGGCUGCUACUUAAACGAAACAAACAAAAAGAAAAAGCAAAGAUUUAAUUUACAGGAAAGUGUCAGGAACUGGAAUGUAUGAUCACUGAUGUAUAAUAGUGUUUUAUUAAAUUCUACUUUGUGGUA